CUGAGAGGUUGCCGUACUCAGAUAAGACGUCGCUCAUGCGCAGGAGCUCAGCGCCGAGGCCUGCCGGAAGCCAAGAUGGCGUAUAGGUGUUCUCCAGGCCGCAGUUGGCGCCUUAUCAAUAUCUGAGCGGGUAUUUUGUAAGGGGCCGUGCCGAACGCCCUUUCCGCCGUAAUGGCCCGGCAUCGGAAUGUCCGAGGCUAUAACUACGAUGAAGAUUUUGAAGAUGAUGAUUUCUAUGGCCAGUCUGUAGAGGAUGAUUAUUGUAUUUCGCCAUCAACAGCUGCUCAGUUUAUUUAUUCACGACGUGACAAACCGUCCGCUGUUGAGCCUCUGGAAGAAUAUGAUUAUGAAGACUUGAAAACAUCCUCCAAUUCUCUUUUGAACCAUCAGCUAAGUGAAAUUGAUCAAGCUCGUCUCUAUUCAUGCCUUGAUCACAUGAGAGAGGUACUUGGAGAUGCUGUGCCAGAUGACACAUUGAUUGAAGCAGUUCUGAGGAACAAGUUUGAUGUGCAGAAGGCUUUGUCAGUGGUUCUGGAGCAAGAUAAAAUGCAGAAUUUGAAAGUCAGGAGUGAAGAAGCAGUAUCUACAAGAAAGAUAGCAAAAGGAGUCUUAUUAUCUUCCUCUGAAGUUUCAGCUGAUAAUGCUCAAAACUCUUGUCCUCAAUCUGCAAACCAUCUGGAUUGCAGUAGCAAAUCCUUUGAUUUUUCUGCCCCAGGAGCAAAAUAUGGAUUAUGUCAUAGUUCCUCCAUUGUACCAAGUCGCUAUUUACUUCAUAAAAAAAAACUUGACAGACCUAAAAGUGAAAAGAAGCUAGAAUCAUGUAAGUUAACAAAAGAGCUGUCACUAGCUGACCUAAUUGAUUAUAUGCCAAGAGAUUCUUGGAAAAGUCAGCCAUCAGUCAGAUUAUCAUCCACAGAUAGUCUGGAGAGUCCACCUUCAAAGAGUAUAGAUGCUGAUUUGUUUAGACCUCAUGCAUCUGAAUGUAUUGCUAAAGAUGAUUCUGCGUUCAAAGAAAUACCAGAUUUAAAAUCCUUAAUGAUAAAAAAUACAACACCUAAUAACUAUCUAUUUAUUCAAAAUAAUUCAGUACCUGAUUUGCAAAAUAUUCCAGUACAAAACAGCUUUGAAAGUUUAAAUAAUCCUUUGCUCUUAACUAGCUCUUCGGAAAAUAUGGCUGUUGAUGAUUUAAAUGCUAGUAAAAUGGCUGAAGUUGGAAGUGUUUCUUCAGUUGAACAGAGUGCCAAGAAUUGCAUAUUAAGAAAUGACAACUUGCAGUUUUCCCAGUGUGAAAGUUCAUCUUUAGCUGAACUGUUUCAGGAGCACAAAGAAAACAAUCCAAGCGAAUGCUUUACUUUAUCUGAUCUUUGUAACCAGCCAUCUGCCAGUUUCACAGAUCUGAGUUUGGGAUCCUUCCCCUUGUCACAACUAGCAAAUCGGUAUCAGUCUUCAGCUGGAAUAUCAGAAUUAACAGGCUCUCUGUCAUCCUUGGCAUUUCGUAAAGCUUCUCCGACAAGAGACCUUGAGAAUUUGUCACUUUCUGAUUUGAUUGCAGAAACAAUUGAUGUAGACAACUCUAAGAUUAAGAAAGAGUCCUGUCCGCUCAGUUUAUCUGAAGUGAGGGCACCUGAAAUAGAUUCGAAUAUAGAUCUCAGUGUCCUCAUAAAAGCCCCAGAUAAUGUUCCAAGAUCUGUAGUAGACCAAUCUGUUGCUCCAACAUCAGGAACUAAAGUUCUAAGUUCAAGGUUAGGGAAAGAUUCCAAUUCUGCUAAGGAUAAUAAGAAAAACAGUAAAGGCUCUCUGACUAGGAAACCACCUUUUUCUCUCUCUUGGACCAAGGCUCUUGCUGCCCGACCUUCAGCUUUUGCUUCAACACUGUGUCUUCGUUACCCAUUGAAAAGCUGCAAACGACGCACCCUUGACCUCUAUAAGAGUUUUCUUUAUAGCAGACAAGUUCAAGACGUAAAGGACAAAGAAAUAAGUCCUCUUAUAGCAAUAACACCAUUUGAUUUCAAAUCAGCAUCUCCUGAUGACAUUGUAAAAGCUAAUCAAAAGAAAGCUUUUACUAGAGAAUAGUAACAAAAGGAAAACUUGAUAACUUUUGUAGAGCUCUUUCUUUUAAAUUAAUUUGACAUCUUUAUAGCAUUGCUUUAUAUUAUGGGAUUUAAUUUGUGAUUUUUAUAUUAAAAUUGUCUUAACAUCAGUUGAUAGCUUUAGUUGAUACAUAUUUUUGCACUGAAUUUUUUUUAACAAUCUUCUUUAGUGAUAACUGGCUUUAAGUUGAUAGCCUAUUGAGUGUAUGUUUACCAAGUACAUAUGGAAAUUUGAUGUUGUGAAAUCAAGCCUCAGCUAUUUUUGUUUAAAGCAUUCAAUUUUACAAGUUUUUACAAUGAGAUGUUUUCUUUUAUAAAAUAUUUUUGUGCUUUGUUCUCAAGUGAGAAUGCUACCACUUGGGAUUAUUAUAGUUUAGUGAUGAAGAUUUUUCUUAUAUGUAGCAUAGCAUCGCUGAGACAGUAUUAUAUUUUAAAAUAUUAAUGAUAUCAUUCCAAUUUCAUUAUUUUCUGCAGGUGAAUACUAAGACUUUUCUACUAGAAAAUCUUACAAUUCCUGACUUUUAAUAAUACUGUGGAGGUUGUUGAAAUACAUUUUUCAUGAUAAUAAAAUGAAAAUCCUUUUAAGGGGCCAUGUACAUAUUGAAGAUGGAUUAAUACAUAAAUUAUUUUUAUACAUUUUCAAAACCAUUUGUCCUAAAUGCACACGUUAAAAUAAAUAUACAGAAAGCCUUUUCAAGUAUGGUUGCAUGUUCUUUGAAUAGAUAAUCUUAUCAGAGCUCUUUAACUUUUUUACUAUAAGUAAUGAAAUGUAGAGUUUUUGCUCUUUGCUGCUGAUGGCUUGUACAUACUAUAAUGACACAGUUUCAGCAAUGGCAGACCAAAUAAAUCUUUUAGUCAGUAGAACAAAUAGGUAAUUCAGCCCUUAAAGCAGUCAUCCUCAACUGGCAGCCAGAAUCACUGGGGGAGUUUUUUUCAAAAUACAGAUACUGCGGCUUCACUCCAGACAUGGUGACUCAAUCUCUGAGGGAUGACACUUGGGAGUGUGUAUUUUCAUAUUGGUCCCCAGUUGAUUCUGAUGGGUCACUUCUACUUGAGAAUCACUGCCUUAAAGAAAUCAAUAGAAUGAUAGGAAUUACUAAUGCUAAGAAUAAUAUCCAGCCAACUUGAAUUUUUAAUUUGUAUUUUUAGUAAUUAGAAAUACUAAAGAAAAUUGCUAAUUAGGAAUUAGGUCUUUUGCAUAAGAAGAUGCUGCUAUAAUAUUAUUAGUAUUUCUUGCAGAAAAAAAUAUAUAAAAUGUUAUUUCUUAAUAAAAAUAAAAUAGCUAUAUUUUCCCAGUAAAGAAAUAUUUUUCUCUGACAGCUACUUCACUAUGAAUUUGAUAAUUUUUUUUUUGUAUUUCUUGUAUGUUUAUUUUCAGGAUGACAUUCCAGUAUUUUUAGCUAUAUGUGAUUUUUUUAUAUCCAAUGUUUUGGUGGAAAAGUUUAUGCCAGCCUUAUGGCUUCAUUGUUCUUGACCAAACACUUUUUAUGAUGUCUUCAGUUCUUGUUUUUAAUGGGAUAUUUCAGUGCAUAUCAUACUGAUGCUUAGAUCAUAUAAAUUACAGGUUAUAUUUUAUGAUUGAUUUUAAAGUUUGAAUUACCCACCCCAGCUGCUGAUUUUCUUUUUCUAGUCUUGAACCUUAAUUAAACAUUUUAGUAAUUUUGAACUAUUAGUCUAUGACUCAUCAGCUGGAUUUAUAAAUGGUAGGCAGUCUCCAAUUUGGAAGCAAAUUGUAUUCUAAGUGUUUGUUUGGAACUGUCAAUUCCUGAUGGAUUAAAUGCUACACAGGUGGUUCUUAAACACUAUUUAACCCAUAUUGAAGUUGAACAGUGUUACUGUUAUUUUAUUUUCUUUUAUAACUAAUUUUCAAGUGGAAAUACACUACUUUUUAAGCCAUAUAGUAGGUUUUGUAGCAUGAACUGUAUCUCCCUUUGUUGGCUGAUGAGGAUUGUAACUACCAUUUAGAAAAUUUUGUUUUUUUAGGGGGAAGAAUUCUAUAUUGCAGGGUGAUAGGGAAGGUAACAAUUUUUAAAUAGCUCUCCCUAUUUUUGUUGUCAUGGCCACUGGUCUGUCAGGUCUGUACCUGACGUGCACUUGCCCUGUUGACUAAGGAAGUGUCACAGUCUCUGAGAUUCAGAGAGUGGAACCAAGAAGACCCACUGCCCCUUCUACCCUUGGCCAUUGGCCCUCGGUAAAGAGACAGGUGCUUGCUCGUUCGUGGAUACAUCCCUAGUGAUGACUGUUGCUUGCACUAAGUGUAUAUUCUGUACCAGCUGCUGUUUAUUGACUGACUGCUGUCUUGGUAGCUCAGGUAGGCUAAGUGUUUUUGGUUUAGCUUCCAGUUCAAAUAUCAGUUUUGAAGUGCAAUGCCAUUUUUACUUGUGUUAUGAUCAAAUGCAUUAGUAGUUUACUUUAGGAAUUAAAAUAAUGUGAUUAUAUUCUAAAUGAUAUAAAUGUGAAAGACAUUUAAAAUGACCAUUUUUACUCUUCACUUUUUAAAAUUUUUAAAAGAGCUGAUGUUCAUAGAUCUUUUUCCCUCUUGCAUUCUCAAGUCUUUGGUUGGUUUUUUUGGUUAUGGUUCUUGUUACCAUUAAUUGUCAAGAACCAGGGUUUCAGUUUUGUGCAGAGCACUUUGCUUAGCUUUUCUUUCUUAAUUGUUCUAUCUUUUUCAUGUUCCCAAUCUACUGAACUGGUAUUCUAACCCUUUUUCCUCCCUUUAGCUUUGAAUCUUCCUUUCUUAAGCUUUUCUUUCACCUGUUUUCUUCUCAUAUUAACAGUAAUACCAUUCCCAAUGUAUUAUAUUUAAUUUUUAGUAGUCAGCGGGAGGUCGUGCAACUAAUUGUCACACCAAGAAUAAAAUUAGUCCAGUGCUUUUCUAUAUGUGGACCAUUGCAAAUAAACAAGUAUACAGUCAUAUAUUGAGGAAGAACUGUGUAUCAAGUUUUCUGUUUUGUGUUCACACAAGUAUAUAUUUGCUUGUAAAAUCAGAUUUAUAGCAGCCUAGAAAUUGUUUUCUAUUACCUGUAUAAACAAAGGUAAUACAGACUGGACAGGGAGGGAUUGAUAUGACUACUUUACUAUUACAUAAGGCUCAGUGUAUGCAGUUGUAUAUUAUAACUUUAAUUUUCAAGGUAUAAAAAACUUGUCACAUUUUGAUUGUAUAUAUGCAUUUUUGUAAAAGCUACGUUGAAAUAAAUUAUAAUUCUGAAGUUUUCUUAAAUCAAGUAUGAAAACACAAUUUAUCCAUUAGGAGUUUUUACAUAAACUUGGUAUUUCAGAAUGGUAUUUUAAUAAUUUAUACUGAAGGUUUCUGUAAACAAAUUGAAAAACAAACUACCUGGUUGUGAAGAAUUUCUUUGAACUUAGUUGUCAUUUAGAAUUCUUGUUUUCCAAAAGGUAGAAUUUUAUAUUUUUACUUUUUAGAGCUCACAUAGAAACACUAUCAGAGUAUAGGUUAUGGUGAUUUUGGGUAAUGUGAUUGCAAAGAUGACAGUGAAAGGUAAAAAAAUUGAUAAAUUGUACAUUUCUGAUGUUGACAUGCCUGGUUUAUAUUACGUGACUUAAAGGAAAGCAUCAUUUUAGUUAUAGAAUGUAUCCCAAGAUGAACAAAGAUGUAGUUCUCAAAUGGGAGGGGAAAAUGAGUACUUAAACACAUAAUUAUAUUUAUUAUACUGUGCAUAACGCUCUCUGAGGUUGACAUCUUUGUCUUCCUGAUCCAAGCUGCCAUUGCCCUCUGUUUCCUGUCUUUAUUAGUAGUAUCGCCAUCUUCCAGUUGCUUAAGCCAGAAACUUAGAUAGCAUCGUCCUUGAUUGCUCUCCCUCGUUUACUUAUAAUUGAUUACCAGUCCUAUUACUUCUGCUUUACAAAUAAGUAAAUAUAUGUGUGUACAUAUACAGUUGAUUGUUAUUUGUGGUAGUUGUGUUUUAUAAAGUCAUAAAUUAGUGAACAUUGAACAAAAUGUGCAAACAUUGACUUAGUGAAUAUUGAACCAUUGCUUCUACAGGAAAUACAGGGUUAGGUUUCUGUGAUCCUCUGGUCACAUUUUUGGUCAACCAGUCAAUACAUAACCUUGUUUUAUGUAUCUGUUUAAAGAAACUUUAUUUAAUAUAGAUUAUUUAUAUGUUAUUGAUUCACUGACAUUAAACUCAUGGCCAGUAGCACUAUAACUUAAUGCCUGAACAAAGGUUAUCGAACAUGUAUCUUUUAUUUGUAAGGCAUAUUGCAGCUGCCUUGUGCUUAGGAACACUAGACAGUGCUUCAGACUACUCUUGGGGACCAUUUUAAACAGCAAAAUUACCAACUAAAAAUCACAAUGUGAAAAAUGUGGCAGUGAAGAUUAGAUCAUGAAAAGGAUACUUGUUUACAGUAUGAGAGCUGAAACAAGAAGGCAUCACCUUGUUCAGCCUUAACUGGAAACAGGCAUGCUGGGCGACUCAAAUACUUUGCUGCUCUGCACCUGUCCUCAGGAGACUGCAAAAGUUCUGCAACUAAUAGUUUUGGGGUUACAAAUAAAUUUUAGCAAGUAGUUGAAUUCACAAAGGUGGAAUCUUCAAAUGAGGAUUGACUGUACAUUUUUCGACCCACUACUCUCCAUUCUUAUUGUUACUUUUUCUCUUAAAGUCCAUUAGCUUUGGGUGGAAUUAUUAAAAUAUUUAACUAGCUUCUUUACUUCUCAGUUUAUUUUCCCCAGAACACUUUCUAUAAUACAGCCAGAGUAACUUUUCCAGAAUAUAGCUCUAAUAAUUUUCUGUUCCCUUUUAUAAACCCUUUAUUUUAUAAGACCUUUCAUCAACUGGUUUCUGUUUGUGUAACCCCCUAUCUAAAUCCACCCAAGAACACCUACCUGAGUUUCCUCUGCUUCCAUAGUGCUUUGCUCUUCGCCCUCUGUUUCUCCUUCUGGCAAUUAGCUCUUGAGGUUGUAGUUUGUGUAUCACUUUACUCCUAAUCCUGGAAUAGGGGAACCUUCAUCUGGACCCAUAGUUCACUGCAUUCCUUUUAUUGCUACCCCAUGUAAAAUCAUAACUAUCCCCUCACACACCCAUACAUAUAGUCCCUUUCCCUUAUUACUCUUUUUUAUUCCUAAUAACCCUUACAUAUUUGACAUUGUAUGUGUAUACAGUUUUUAUUAUCUCCCCAUCGCUCCUCACACUCUCUCCUCAUGCAGUUUCUAUGAAUGUAGGGUUUUUAUAUGUUCAUAUGCUUAUAUGCCCCAGCUUAGAACGUAUCUGCCACAUAAGUGUAGGAAAGGAUUUAAAGUAAAAAGUGAGUCUCACUCUUUAAUACAGUCCCAUAUCUUGUUCCCUAGAGGAAGCUGUGAAACAAAUCUGUGAAAAAAAAAGUUUUUUUAUAUUCUUCUGAAAACAUUGCUUGCAUGUUACACAUGUCAAGUGUGUGUGUGUGUGUAUGUGUGUGUAUAAAGUACCUCUACCCAAAUGGGAGGAUACUAUAACACUGCAAUAUGUGUAUCACUUAGCAAAGUAUAUUAUAUGUCUUUGCUUACCAGCAUAUAGAGAUUAAUCUCAUUCUGUUUAACAGCUGUGUAGAAUUUCCUAAUAUAUACAUUAAAAGCCCCUGUUGAUAAACAUUUUAAGUUGUUACCACUAAUGACAAAGUGAGCAUCCUGCAUUUCUAGAAAUUGAAUUUCUAGGCCAAUAAGUAUAAACUUAAAUUUUUUGAUAGAUACUGUGUUAUUGUCCUUAAUAGAGGUUCUGCUAAUUUCCUUCCCACAAGUUUAUGAGUGUUUCUAUUUAAAUUCUCACAGAUAGGGUUAUUACUCUUUUUGGUAUUAUGCCAACCUGAUAAUUGGAAAAUAUUUUUUCACUUAUUUAUAUGUCUUUAAUGAGUUAGGCUGACUACUUUGUCAUAUAUUUAAAUCUAUAUAUGUUUCUUUUUCUUGGAACUACCGGUUCCUCAUCUUUACCCAUUUUUCUGCUAGCUGUCUUUCAUAAUGGCUUCUAGGAAUAUAUAUAUGUGUGUGUGUGUGUGUGUGUAUUUAAUAUAUUUAAUUUUUAUAUUUAAAUUCUGAGAAAAUCAUUAUAUGCAUGGAAACUACUUUUUCUAAUUCUCAGUUUGUCAUUUUUAGAAGACAAAUUAUUUUAUCAUAUUCAAAUGUAUUAAUCUUUUCUUUCAUGGGCUUUUGUUUGAAAGUUCUGCUCUACUACAAGAUAAUAGAUAAUUUUUAAAAAAUUGUUUGUUUCUUCUAAUACGUUGGACAGGUUUUUGUUUUUGUUUUGUUUUUUUUACAUUUAAGUGUUUGGUCCAGCUGCUAUUAAGGGGGUAAGGUAAGAUUUUUCUACCAAUAUCUUUUCUCUUUCCAAUAGCUGGAUUUGUUAUAGUUACUUUUGUUGCCUUACAGAUCCUUUUUCUUUUUAAUCUGAUUUGAAAUGCCAUCUGUGACAUACACUAAAUUCUUCUCUCUCCCGUUGUCUUACCUACUUUGGGACUCUACAAUUCCGUUUCUUUGUGUUGUUCUAUGCCAUUAUCAAGUUUUUAAUUACUGCAGCUUUUUAUUACUGUCAGUUUUUUAAUAUUCUGUAGGCUGUCUUGGUUUUUUUCCUUUCCUUUUUCAUAGUUUUCCUGAGUUAUCUCACGUGGCUGUUUUUUCCACAGGAGCUUUAGAAACAGCUUGUCAGAUUACUGGAAAAAACCCAGUUCUGACUGUUAUUGGGAUGUUUUUGGAGAAAACAGAUUAUUUAAAUAGAUUAUUACAUUAUUUUAGUAGACUUUCUGGUAUUGAUCUAGUCUUGUAAUAUUGGAACAUUCCUAAUUGGUCAUGGUGGAUUAUUCUUUUAAUGGAAUAGAUUUUAUUUGAUAAUAUUUUAUAUAAAAUUGUUCUAUCUAUUCAUAAAAUUGAUUCACAAUUGUAUGUAUAUGUUCUUUGUCAGCUUUUGGUUUUUCUUGUGAUGGUUUUAUAGAGAACUUACAAAGCUUUUCUUUAUCCUUAAAUAAUUUGAAGACCAUUAAAAUUAUUGGUUUCAUGAUAGGAAUUGUCUUUCUUAAUAUUAUAAGGACAGUUUGGAAGUUUUAAUUUUCUGAGAAAAUUAUCCAUUUUGUCCAGGUUGACAAAUGUAUUUGUUUAGCAUUGUAGCAAACAUUGUCUUAAUUUAAAUUCUUCUGUGCUGUAGUUAAAUCUCCAUUAUUUUAAAUAUUGUUUUCUCUUCUCUACUUUUCCCCUCUGUCAGCUUCUUCCCCUUUUUUUUUAUCUUAUAAUUUAUUUUUCUUCCCCAAAAGAUGGGCUCCUAGAUUGAUAAUUGGUCCUACUGAUUUUAAUUUGUUGGUUUAUGAGUUAUGACCUAAUCUCUUUUCUGUUUUUAAUUUUCUUCCUUUCUAAGUGAACAUUUAAUUUAAAUACAUUAAAAAUUAAUAUUAAUUUAUGAAAUUUCAAACAGAAAAUGACAUUCAUGAACCCACCAUUUAGUUUCAACAGAAGGUAACAUUUUACCACACAUACUUCAGAUCUCUCUCUCUGUUCUAAGAAA